AACCGACACGUUGACGGAAAAUGGCUUUGACCGUCGUGCCCUCGGCCCGCGUUUUCAAUGGAAACGUGGGGACGCAGGCUUACGUUUCCGGAUCCACGGGAUCCACGUGUCUCUGCUGCCCUUACGGGUACCACAUCGACCUGGAUUUCGUGCGAUACUGCGAGGCGGUGGCGGCAGGAAGCACCGGGGACAGGUCCAGCAUCGAGAGACGGAGGAAAAGGGAACGUCGAAAGCAAUGCCAAUCGAUGGAGGUUCUCCUGGGCCUGGUGAGCCCGGCCCUCGCAGGAAUAGAGGCCGAACUGCCGAAAAUACCGCAAGAACCUGUCACGACGAACGGAGUGGCGACUUUACCGAGGUCGAGCUACGAACGGCAAGGGUACACACAGGAAUCGCAGGCCCUCGACCUCAGCGACGUCGUGGGCGAUUUCGAGGCGACCCUCAGACGGUCGAGGGCGAAGACCAUCGAUAGACAGGAUCGCACCGAGAACGAUGGAACGAACGCAGUUACGCCGAUGCAGAACAACGCGCAGGUCGAGCACGCGGCUGACUUUGACAAUGCGAGCGUCGGCAGCGGGAACUCGAAUCUCAGCACGGGCGCGCUACAGAACAUCAGGGAACAAAUGGCAGCCUCGCUGGAACGGAUGAAGGAGCUGGAGGAACAGGUCAAGGCGAUUCCCAUGUUACAGGUGCAAGUGUCGGUGCUGAAAGAGGAGAAACGGAAUCUCCUGCGACAAGUGGACGAGCUGAGCAAGACGGGCGCCUGCAACAACACGCUGCACAGGCACCGUAGCCAGUCGUUCUCGGAACAGCGGGCCACCCUGCGAAAUCUGAAGAACGCUGCGGCGACGACGACCACUGUCCCGACCCGGGACACGGGAACGAUGUGCGGCGUGAUGACACGGGACGUCGGUGUCUCGCACCAGCAGGUUCGAACUCGAGAUAUCGGCAUGAUAACGAGCACCCCGAUAAAAUCGCUGCAGAGGAGUCGAUUGCAGAUCGAAGAAAUCGUACCUGAAAUACAAGACCGUAGCUAUUCGAUGCUCGAUCAGACGUCCUCCAGCCUGGGCAAGCUUUACUCGAGCGACUCGCGGGACAGUUGGAGAUCGACGUUAACCCGUAGUCAAUUGAUGUACGAGGACAUCGCGCCCGAAGCAAUGAGAAUGACAGAUCGGUUGAGAAGAAGCCCACUUCAAACCGAAUCGAUACCACCGAGCAGUCCGAAGCUGGUCAGAGAAGCGAAGAAGCUACGGGACGUUGGCGUGAACACGAGGAACCGAUUGCAGGACCUGGUGUUCAGUCAGUACGUGAUCGAGGAUAUCGCUCCGGUGGUGACGAAGAAUGAAACGAAGAAACGAUCUCACGGAACUUGCACUGUUCUCACCAUGAAAGACAUUCUGACGCAAGAGGAUGUCGCGGUUAUCGUCGACGAUGCCCUCAGGAUCUAUAAAAGUACGUUGAUCAAGGACACGAUGUCCAGAGGAUGUCAAUGCACGCCAGAACCGCCGAGACCUAUCGAAAAAAGGGACCAGUUCGUCCAGGUGACGGAACCGUACAAAAUGAGGGCGAACGUAGGCGUAACGGUGAAACCAAGAACGUCCGAAAUCGGUAUCGAGGUUAGAACUGGUCCAGGAACAAGGACCAUCGCGGUUGGUCCCGAUCCGUUCGCCGCCCAAUCGAUAUCCCUGCACUCGAUGAACUCGAGGAGUUAUUCGUUCAAUUACGGAGAUACGAAAGUCAAACGGAAAACCACCAAGUCUGUUGGCGUAAUGGUCGACGAUUUAGUACGAAUGAGCGUGAAGAGCACCGACACUUCCGGUCUGGCGGCGAAGAAACGGGAAUUCGGUACCUCGCCGAUUAAAAAGAAGUUCACCGAUGUUUCGGUCGGGGAAUCGGUGAAACCACACAUUUCGAUAUCUUGUGCGGCGAAUUAUUGCGAUAAUUGUAAAGAGACUAUUAAGAAUUUGGCGAAACAGAUUGUAAAUAACGCGGAGAAUAAUAUGAAUCAUCAGAACACGAAUCUCGUCUCGAGGAUACCGAGGCCGUCCCAUAUACCGUUGAACAACUCGAUCGAGCACAGGAGGCAGUUCAAGCGACAGGAUACUUACACGAAGAUACCGGCUGUUGCGGUAAUCAGAUACGAUUCUGAUAAUAAGGAGCAGUAUGAAAACAGCAAUCGUAUCCAGCAACUGCAAGGGGAAAAAAGGAAAGAUGAAAAGUCUGAGGAAAUCUACAUGGUGGAGAAGCAAGCGAACAACGAUGAGAAGCAUGAGCUACCAGAGUCUGCCUUGUUCCAGCCGAUUCAAGAGAAACCUAGAAAGAAGGUUGAACCUUCCAAAGAGAUGCAGGCUGCCAUGAAGGUUUUGAACGACAGCCUUAAAAAGUCGCCAAGCAAGAAUAUCUCCCAUCAGAUGAAAAAUGCCAUUAACAUCAUCCAGCAAGAGUGGUUCAAAAUCUCUAGCACAGUGAAUGCCAAUCCCCUAGAAGUAGAAGAUUAUUUAGACUGUUUCGAAGAGUGUUCCAGUACCUUAUUGGAAUACAUUGUUAACAUGACUGACUCUAGUGGAAAUACUGCUAUGCAUUAUGCAGUUUCUCAUGGAAACUUUGAUGUUGUGUCCAUUCUUUUAGACUCUAAAGUUUGCGAUAUUAAUAAGGCAAAUAUGGCUGGUUACACAGCUGUGAUGUUGGCAGCACUCGCAGAGGUCAGAAAUUCCACUCAUGCUUCUGUGGCGAACAGGUUGUUCCAGCUGGCCGACGUGAAUAUUCGAGCCAAAUUGCAUGGUCAAACUGCCUUGAUGCUGGCAGUAUCUCAUGGUCGUAAAGACAUGACUCAACUACUUCUGGAUGCAGGAGCAGCAGUUAACAUUCAAGACGAAGACGGCAGUACGGCUUUAAUGUGCGCCGCAGAACACGGACACACCGACAUCGUGCGAUUAUUGCUUGCACACCCAGACUGUGAUCCAUCAAUCGUCGACAUAGACGGUAGUUCCGCUUUGAAAAUUGCAUUAGAGGCGGGUAAUCGAGACAUCGGCGUGUUACUAUACGCCCACGAACGCGUAAAUCGAGGCACAAGUCCCUAUUCGUCAAUGAGACGCAGCAGGAGAGGGUCCAAACCAACAACGCCUACUGGACCCUCUCCUUCGGCUCCGGUAAGCCCAGCUCCAUCCCGAAGGAUUCACUCGUCAACCGUUUCACUAAACUCCUCCAAAUAUUCUGCUAAAUAA